UCUUAAUAUGCCAACGAAAUAGGUUUAGUUUAUAAACUUUUCUCUCUAAUAGUUGAUUAAAACAGAAAAAUGGCUUCACUCAUUGAAAAAUUAACUGUCAAACUAAGCAUAUAGUCUAGUGAUAAUUAAGCCUAGUAAUUGGAAUUUAAUUAAGAAUUCACAUGUCAUCAAAUCACAUGCUAUCUUAGCCUUCAAAACCAAGCCAUGUGAUACACAUACAUGCACAAUUCAUUAUAUUAAUGUUCUUGUAGGAUCCCACCACCGACACUCCACACUCUUCUUUAAAUUCUCUCUCUAAUAAAAUUGCCUUAUUUUUCCCUCCUUUUUCUUUUCUUUUUAAUUUGUAAUUUAUUUUGCGGCUAAGUAGUUCUUCAAAACACACCCACUGUAUUCUUCCUCUUCCUGUAUCCCACUUUAAAUACACCCCAUCCCCAUCUCCAUCACCUUCAUUACCCACUCCCCAUCUUUCCUCUUAAAUCUUACCCCUUUUUCCUAUUCCCAUAAUCCAAAAUGCUUCCUCUUACUUCACCUUUCUUUGCACUCUGUGCAUUUUUCUGUUUCUUCUCCACCCUCUCUGCUGAAAAUCCCUACCGCUUCUUCACCUGGAAUGUCUCUUACGCCAACAUUUACCCUCUCGGCGUCCGCCAGCAGGGAAUACUCAUCAAUGGCCAAUUCCCUGGCCCUGACGUCCACUGUGUCACCAAUGACAACCUCAUCAUCAAUGUCUUCAACAGCUUGGAUGAACCCUUCCUCAUCUCCUGGAACGGAAUCCAACAGAGAAGGAACUCGUACGAAGACGGUGUUUAUGGAACAACGUGCCCAAUCCCUCCCGGGAAGAACUUCACGUACAUUCUCCAAGUCAAGGAUCAAAUCGGCAGCUUUUACUAUUUCCCUUCCCUCGCCUUCCACAAGGCCGCUGGCGGUUUCGGCGGCAUCAGAAUCCUCAGCCGCCCUCGCAUUCCGGUCCCCUUUCCCGAUCCCGCCGGCGACUACACCGUCCUCAUCGGCGACUGGUACAAGUCUAACCACACGACCCUGAAGGCUCAUCUGGACCGUGGUAAGAAGCUUCCGUUUCCUGAUGGAAUCCUCAUCAAUGGUCGUGCCAACGAUACUUCUUUUGGCGUCGAACAAGGAAAAACUUACAGGUUGAGAAUUUCAAAUGUGGGGCUGCAACACUCCCUCAACUUUCGAAUUCAAGGUCAUAAAAUGAAGCUUGUAGAAGUGGAGGGAACACAUACCCUCCAAACGACCUACUCCUCGCUCGAUGUUCAUGUUGGUCAGUCUUACUCUGUGCUCAUCACAGCUGAUCAGCCAGCUCAGGACUACUACAUUGUCGUUUCCACUCGCUUCACUUCUCGGGUGCUCGCUACCACUGGCAUUCUUCGUUACAGUAACUCUGCUGGUCCUGUCAAAGGUCCCCCUCCUGGCGGUCCGACGAUACAGAUCGAUUGGUCCCUCAACCAAGCACGCUCUAUUAGGACCAAUCUUACAGCCAGUGGACCAAGGCCAAACCCACAAGGGUCGUAUCACUAUGGCCUCAUAAACACAACCAAAACCAUCAUACUUGCCAAUUCUGCUGGUCAAGUCAACCGCAAACAAAGGUAUGCGGUUAACAGCGUGUCAUUUGUCCCUGCUGACACUCCCUUGAAACUUGCUGACUUCUUCAAAAUCGGAGGGGUUUUUCGCGUUGGAAGCAUCUCUGAUAGGCCUACCGGUGGAGGAAUAUACCUCGACACAUCCGUGAUGGGUGUAGACUAUAGAGCAUUUGUCGAAAUUAUUUUCCAAAACAAUGAAAACAUUGUCCAAAGUUGGCACAUUGAUGGCUACUCUUUCUUCGUGGUCGGCAUGGAUGGUGGCCAAUGGACGCAGUCUAGCAGAAACCAAUACAAUCUUCGGGACGCCAUCGCUCGUUGCACAACUCAGGUAUACCCUUAUUCAUGGACUGCAAUUUACGUGGCCCUCGAUAAUGUAGGUAUGUGGAAUGUGAGGUCAGAGUUUUGGGCAAGGCAGUAUCUCGGACAACAAUUCUACCUCCGUGUCUAUACACCCUCGACUUCGCUCAGGGACGAGUUUCCCAUUCCAAAGAAUGCUCUUCUUUGUGGCAAGGCAAGUGGUAGACACACUAGACCACUCUAAAUCAUUAACCAUUCCAAACACUUAGUCCCCCACGAGGUAGUUAAAGUCUAUCUUAACUUUAAUAUAUGAUAGAAAAGCAAGUUCUAAAGUCUAUCUUAACUUUAAUAUAUGAUAGAAAAGCAAGUUCUCUUUGCUUUUUCAAAUUGUUGUAGCCAGGAAUAUCCAUAGUUAGACCACUCGGUCCUCCAAUCGACCCCAGCUCGGGGUCUAGUCACAUUCUUUCGCUAGAUAUUAUUCGAUAUCCUUACCCAUUUAGUCAUAUCUUCUCUAUGAUAUUGCUCAACCUGUCAACGUUAAUUAAUAUCAAGAUUGUUUUGGUUUUGAGGUGUGGAUAGAAGAAUCUAUCAAUCCAAAAUAACAUGAGUUUGUUCCUUGAGAAUCCAAGUAUUCUUCUGCAGUAUUAAUCUUUUAUUGUUGACAAUC